AUGACCAAGUCCCCUCUUUCGAUGCGGGUCUUUUCGUUCGCACUCAUGGCCUCAUCCGCGAUCCAGUCACGCGCCGACGGCACCAUAAAGGCUGCAGGUCCCGAGUCUAGGAGUCUUUAUGGCUCUGAUGUCGUCCAUACAACAUCCACUGGCCAAGACAGCAUCGCUUCCGACAAGUUGCUCAUCAUCAACGACACCAGCGCCGAAGAGGAGAAAAUGAUGGAUUUGGUGUGGCUGGGUGACUCAGUCGCGCGGUUGAUUAACUGGACCAAGGAUGAAUACUUCUUCAAAGAUCUCAUAGCGCUCGAAGAGAUGCACCCAGUGGGUAUUGACGCAAUCGCGGAAGACAGUCCAGAGUUCGAGAAACUGACCCGGUUCCUAGUAAAGGGUAACCAGCGAAUGGUCGGUGACUUGCUCCGCACGCGCUCGGACAAUCGUUGGCCAGUAUUACUUGCCGUGCUGACAAGAUUCGGCCAUGCAGGUUGGAGAGACGCAGGACGUGAGCUAAUGGUUCCUAUGAUGGCCGACUGGCGUAGCCAAGGAAUUCGGGUCGACCGACUCCUCCAGAAAUUCACCGAUCCGUACCGUAUCAUGUUUGGUUUCACUGACUAUGAACGUCUAUACCACGACGUGGUUUGGUCGUUUUGUCGUUUUAAGUACAUGGAAAAAGGAGAUGCGGAGUACCUUAAGGCCAUGAUGGAAUUACAUGAAGGGAAGGGCGGCUUCAUACAAGGACUGCACUAUAUACUUCAAAAGUCAAACGACAAGGCGCGAGCGGUUGAGCUAUUGGACCUGAUGCUGGGAGAACUCAUUGUGUCCGGUGUGGCUCCCCACAAAGCUUUCCAACAGCUGGCGCUUCAACAAUAUAAGGGAGAGUUGUUUGACGAUGCGCUCCUACCGCUGUUGAACAAGUGCGUCAUCCUGCACAACAAAUUUUCCGAGGACACGACGACUCUUUCCAAGGAGCUGAGGCUCCUACGAGGAGCUAGUGAGCCGAAGAAGACGGUUGAAGAGCAUGCUGAGACGUGGCUAGAAGCUCAAGGAACGAAGGCCAAACCCCAGUACGUUUUGAGGCUAGUCUUUCGGGAAUGGCAGCUGCAUGGGGCGCCUUUUGGUGGCGAGCCGAACAAAGGCUGGAAUAAGUUACGCGACGAGUACAAAGAAUUUUUGGCAACGGAACGCGCCAAAACAAAAUAUCAGUAA